CGCAAUGCUGGGCACAGGACAGGCAAAGCAUCGCCAUGCGCUCCUCCCUGACAAGGUGCCUUUAUUUCUUUGGCGUGCAACUUACCCCCGCCGGCUUUGUGUUCGCCGGUAGGAUUGUAGUUUGCUUUUUUAAGCAAAGAUGCCUUUUUAGUUUUAAUAUGUUAGAGGAUGAGAAAACGGCACUCGGUAAGUCGUCCGUCCCCAUUUGUUAAGCCCGCAUGGGACAAUGUGUCUCUUUACAACUUGAUCAGGUGCAUCAGCACACGAAAGUCAGUCCGUUCCGUUUUCUUUCGGAGAAAUAAUGUGGAACACGACCGAGUUGGAGGCGACAUCGGAUGACAAAAAACAGCUGAUAAUACGGACACUGACUGGGUCUUUACUCUCCCUCCUCAUCCUGUGGACGCUGCUGGGGAACAUUUUGGUCUGCUCGGCGGUAAUCAAGUUCAGGCACUUGCGAACUAAAGUUACCAACAUUUUCAUUGUCUCUCUCGCUGUGUCGGAUCUGUUUGUCGCCGUGCUCGUCAUGCCCUGGAAGGCUGUCGCUGAGAUCGCGGGCUACUGGCCCUUCGGCAGUUUCUGCAACAUCUGGGUCGCUUUUGACAUUAUGUGCUCCACCGCUUCUAUCCUCAACCUCUGCAUCAUCAGCGUGGACAGGUACUGGGCCAUAUCAAGCCCCUUCCGAUACGAGAGAAAAAUGACUCAGAGAGUGGCCUUUGUUAUGAUAAGUGUGACAUGGACGCUGUCCAUUUUAAUUUCAUUCAUACCGGUACAACUCAACUGGCAUAAAGCCAAAGAUGAGGUAACCGGCACCAAUUACAGCGCGUCGGUGGAAAAGGCGGAAAACUGCGACUCCAGCCUGAACAGAGAGUACGCUAUUUCCUCGUCUUUGAUAAGCUUUUACAUCCCUGUGGCCAUCAUGAUCGUGACUUAUACCAGAAUAUACCGUAUAGCUCAGAUCCAGAUCCGAAGGAUUGCAUCUCUAGAGAGGGCAGCGGAGCACGCACAAAGUUGCAGAAGCAACAGACUCGAGUGUCAGCACCACAACACACUGAAAACAUCCAUCAAGAGGGAAACCAAAGUCCUAAAAACUUUAUCAGUGAUAAUGGGCGUAUUCGUGUGCUGCUGGUUACCUUUUUUCAUUUUAAACUGCAUGGUGCCCUUCUGUGACAGGCCAUCUGCCGACCAGAAAGCCGGUCUUCCCUGCGUAAGCGAGACGACUUUCGACGUUUUCGUGUGGUUCGGAUGGACCAAUUCAUCCCUGAAUCCAAUUAUUUAUGCUUUCAACGCUGACUUCCGAAAAGCCUUCGCUAAUCUACUGGGUUGCCGUCAUCUCUGUUCCAGCACGCCCGUCGAAACUGUGAAUAUAAGUAAUGAACUCGUUUCUUACAAUCAAGACACUUUGUUUCAUAAAGAAAUCGUGACUGCCUAUGUGAACAUGAUCCCUAACGUGGUGGAGUGUAUUGACAACGAGGACACUUUCGAUAGGAUAUCCCAGUUCUCACAUCAUAAUGAAAUUGCCACCGAUUCCGUGUGCGACUUGGAUGACUGUGAUGCAGAUAUUUCUCUGGACAGGAUAACACCAUUCACUCCCAAUGGUUUACAAUAAUUGUGCAGGCUAAUUGUCCAAAACCAUUCGUAAAAUGAUAUUGUCCAGUUAUAUUUAAAGUUGUUGUUAUGACAGGCACAUGGUGAUGUCGUAUUAUUGUGAUAAUAGAUCUAGGAAAAACUCUCUGUAGCUUAUCCGUGGGACGGAUAUGUUGAUGUCUGUUUAAAGCAUUGCUUCUUAAUGGUUAAGAGUUAUUGAUUUAUUCUAAAGUUUUAAGUCAAUACGCACUAUUGUAAGGUCAAGAAAACGCAUCAGGUUCAUUGACAUUAGUGAUUAUAAUCACUCGACAUAAGUGGCCGAUUUUAUGUAAAUGGAAGAUGGCAUUGAAGCAAAUUAGUGUUUUCUGCAGGCAGUCUAUCAAUUAAUAUAAUCCUAUUAGCCUAAUGUUGUCGAUGGGUACAAGGUGUCUGUGACAUAAAUUCCAGUAAAUGGUGCAAGCCUUACGGAAGUCAAGCAUCAUAAUGCCUUAUUUCCUGAGAGAAAGUGUGCAAUACAAGGAAAGGUAUACAGUUUUGAUGCAUUAUUAUGAGGAAUGCCAAAUAGCCUAUGUAAGCGCCCUCCAAACACUGCCCUGCGAAACGCUGCCAAAUAUACAGACACGCGUAAAUUUGGUUUUAAUGAGUUUAAGCACAUUUUCCCAAAUGCAACUAUGAUAAGCCUAAUGUGAAGAAAAAAAUAUUACCAUGAUAACGAUUGUAACUGUGUUAUUAUAAUUUCUUUCCUUCUAUUUAUUUAUUUAUUUGUUUGUUUGUUUGCUUAUUUUUCCCUGCCGGACUUUACCAAACAAAACUUUUAUAUUCAUAUGCAAUAAGAGUUUGGUUAAUGCAAAACAUGUAAGACGCAGGGCUAUGGAGUUUCAGGACCGCUUGCAUGAAUGAGCAGGAUGAGGCGUUAAUAUUCUGCCGGCGCUUCUGCCCGCAGCCGCCUUUUUCUUAUUGGUUUGUUUCUCUUUGUAAGGCUUUGUAAGGAAUGUAACGUGGAGAAGCUACGAGGCAUGUGAGGUAAAUUGAAUCAGGAAAUCUGAGCGGUUAAGGGAGGAUUUAUAUUCUGUUGUGAUCCGCACGUUUAUGAAGGAGCUUUGGGUUUGUAAUAAUUAAAUGCAUCAACGAAGAACGAAAGAUAUAUUUUCAUUCGUAAAUUAGGAUAGAGCGACCAUCAGGGAGUUCUUUGUAUGAAUAAUAAACUAUUCUCAGUUUUUAUAAACCUUACUCGACCACAGAACAAAGUUAUUACAAGAUGAGUAUUAAAGAAUUUACAAAAAAUGUAUACAAAUCAAAUGAAAAUAAGGCGUGCGUGCAGGAA